AUGACCGAAACCGCACCUCCAGUCAGCCCUCCUCCGCGUACUGAACAAGGUAGCGGUGACUCUGCAGUGAGCCUUGAUGCUCCUGCGGAUCUUUAUCCUGCAUCAGAGCCUGUACACUCCGGCACAGAAGCUCCUCAGACUGAUGCAGCUGCAGUAACGCCUCAGCAACCCGAAGAACGAGAACGAGUUCGGGAUCCAAAGUUGUCAACAUUACAAGGGAUGUUUCCGGAUUUCGACGAAUCCUUAUUACAAUCUGUACUGGAAUCUGUUGGCGGCAAUUCUGACCAAGCAAUUGAUGUUUUACUGGGAAUGAGCGAUCCUGAGUACCACAGUGAACAUAGGCCACAAGAGGAGCCCGUUGCGUCUCAAGAGGAGCUCGACGCGCAUUUUGCUCGACAGCUUUACAUGGAAGAUCAAGAACAGCAAGCCGCGUGGCAAGCUCAACAGCAGCAACAACGCCCUCGUCCGACAUUCAGCGGUCGCCGUGACUCAUAUCCUCAACCUGCUCAGGAGAAGGAUACGAUGACGGAGAUUAGUGAUCAGUUCAAUAAGAUCGCAGAAAGUGGCAAGAAGACGUUUGGGAAUAUCUUUUCGAAAGUGAAGGCGAAGAUCUCAGAGUUUGAUCAGUCAAGACAAGAAGGCUCGUCCUGGAGUACCGGUGUAGGCGGUGACACGUAUCCUUACGAACCCGGACAAGCUCCCUACCCGAACCCGAAGCCAAACUCGAACCCGCAGCAGCAGCAGAGUCGGCACCAGCGGAUGCAGCAAAUGCAACAACAACAAUUACUCCAACAGCAGCAGCAACAGGAAGAACAACUUGCGAGACAAGACCAGCAACAACCUGCGUAUUAUGACCCGAAUCCUACAUCCGAAUCUCCGCCUUCGUCUGCAGGUGGGUAUGAUGCCGCGCCAAGUCCCAGGAGUAGUCACGUCGAAUUCACGCCUGCAACCACCCCUCGAACACCUCCUACGAGCUCGGGAAUAGAUGCAGGCAAAUUAGGCCUUUUACCCAAACGCCCUGUCUCUCUCUUUAGAGCACAAAGUCCUACAAGCCCUCCGGUUGGCGGCGCUCCCAGUCAAUCAACGAGGUUUUCCACCGAACAGACUGCUCCUGCGCCAGCUGCCAUAUCAAGACUGGAUAGUGAUGCCGAGGAAUUGUAUGCAGAUGCUGACGAGGAUCCUUUUGAGGAUGAACAUGAAGUCGGGCGGCGGGAGUCCGAAAUUGCAACUGCAUCUGGAGCGCCUGCGACUGCCAACGCAGUGCCAAAUUUGAAAUGA